ACACAGAACGGUCAAGGUUUUAAUGGUGAGCUUAAUACAGACAUAAAAAGUAGAAUCAUCUGAACAGCUUCUGUCUCUUCUUUACCUUUGUGUUCCUCUCUCUCUCUCUCUCUCUCCCGAUCUAUCUUCUGGACAGCUUCUGUCUCAAGAAAGAUGUCACGCAGCUGCUCGCAGUGUGGAAACAACGGCCACAACUCUCGCACGUGUCCGACGGAAACAUCCCCCGCCACCACCGCCGGAGAAGAGAAAGGAAUCAUGCUUUUCGGCGUCCGCGUCACGGAGGCUUCACCGUCGUCGUCUUUCAGAAAAAGCGUCAGCAUGAACAACCUAUCACAAUACGAUCACAAGGCUCACGACGCAGACCCCGUCGACGACGGUGGUUACGCCUCAGACGACGUCGUUCACGCCUCCGUCAGAACCCGCGAGCGCAAACGAGGGACUCCAUGGACGGAGGAGGAACAUAGACUCUUCCUCACAGGGCUGCAUACGGUAGGAAAAGGAGACUGGAGAGGAAUCUCAAGAAACUUCGUCAAGACACGAACACCGACACAAGUCGCGAGCCAUGCUCAGAAGUACUUCCUCCGCCGUACGAACCAGAAUCGCCGCCGUCGCAGAUCCAGCCUCUUCGACAUCACUCCCGACAUAGCACUAGGAUCCGUCUGUCCGAUCCCUCCGUCGCGGAACAUGGCUGAUUUGAAUCUUAACAAGAAAACAACGGCGGCGCCGGAGAUGUUUCCGUCGUUGUCGAUGAAUCUACCCUCGGCUUCAAACGAACAGAAGGCACGUGGCUCACGUGCCUCGGUCUUUGAGACGAUGUCGAGUAGUGGGGAUAGUAUAAUGGGAGUAGCUUGAUGAAGAAGAAAAUGUUUUUUUAAGAAAGAAAAGAAUCGUUUGAUUAAUAUUGUUAAGACUAAGAUCUGAUUAUGAUUUAAUGUGAGAUUGGAGAAGAUUACUUUAGGCUAAUUAGAUACAACUGUUGAUUGGACUCGGCUAAGUUUUAAUUAGUGUGUACAUGUUUGUAUUGCCCUUUUGGGGGAAGGUUUGUGGUACGAUAUAUGUUUGAUGCGGUAAAACAGCAGGUAGUCUUUAUGUGUU